AUGGGUAACCCGGAGAUCGAGAACAACUGCACUCUGUACAUUUGUACAGACAACUACGAAACGCCGACCAUCAGCGAAAUUCAAAAAAAGCUAGAGAGCCAAAAUGUGGAAAAAAAAAUAGAAGGCAUGGAACACCUAAUAUUUAACAUAAUACAAGGAGAGCCAUAUGGCAAUAUGCUCAUGUGUGUCAUUAGAUUCAUAGUACCUCAUAAGGAUCACCGAUUGAAGAAGUUGACUCACAUUUUCUUUGAGGUCGUGGACAAAUGCAAGAGUGAUGGUAGUUUAAAGGAAGAAAUGCUUCUGGUGUGUAAUGCGCUCAGGAAUGAUAUAAUUUCCCCAAAUGAAUAUGUGAGGGGGUCCACUCUGCGAUUACUAAGUAAAAUUAAAAACCUUAAAAUAAUUGAACCUUUAAUAGAAGCCAUUACGAAGAAUCUGAACCAUCGUCACAGCUAUGUUAGGAAGAAUGCCAUCAGUUGUAUCCACACGAUUAUAAAGGAGCAUGGAAGUGAUGUGAUACCUAACUCGGUUAAAGAAGUGGAGAAAAUAUUAUUUUUAGAAAAUGAUAUAUCGACUAAACGUAGUGCACUAUCCAUGUUAAUUGAUGUCGACCCAAUGACUACACUAAAGUAUAUUCUCUCUUUGAACGAUCAGCUGUACGAUACUGCUGAUGUGAUUCUACUUGAGGUCAUUCACCUGUUUAAGAAGCUGUACAUUCCUCAUGUAUUUGACAAUUCGUAUUUGUUGAUUAAUGAGGAGGAUGAAGAGAAUGAGGAGGAUAAGGGGGUCCGCAGGGGAGGUGGUGCGGGUAUGUCCGGGUCUGGUCCUCACCCUCAUCCUCAUCCCCAUGGAGAACAUGAAGAAGAGGUUGAGGGAGAUGAAGUACUGGGUGGGUACCAGUCCGAUGGAGAGAUCGACCUCUUCGCAUAUCUACUUUCAGGAGAUGAAAGGAGUCCUUGUAAGGAAGGGAACGUAUCGAGUGCAACGAACAACACGAAGCCAUCGAGUGAAACGAACGGAGGAAUGCUAAACGUGUUGAGUGAAGAAAUACAAUUUAGGAAGAACAAAAUGAAUGAAAGCGAUUACAAUCAAUACAAAAAUAACGUUAUUAAAAUUCUCCUUAAUAUGGUGAACAAGAAUGUUAGUAACAGUGUAUUGUAUGAAGGUGCGUGCUGUUUGCUUUACAUGAGUACCUCCGAGCUCAGUAUAAAAACUGCAAGCGAGUGCUUUAUUAAAUUAUUAAUUAACCAGCACGAUAAUAAUAUUAAGCUAAUUGUAAUAGACAGGUUAUAUUACAUCAUGUGCAAGUGGAAGAAGGUCUUGGAGAAUUAUGUUAUGGACUUACUUAGAGCAUUGAAUUUUCCUUCUAAAGACAUAAGAGUAAAGAUUUUAAAUCUAGUGCUACACAUAUUAAGCAGUCGGAAUGUGCACUUAGUGUUGGGUGUGUUAAAGAAGGAGCUUCUUAAGCUGAACAGUACAGUUAUGUAUAGCAAGAAUAUUUUUUCUAGUGGAGGUGGUAAUAACAGUGGGGUGGUAGCUUCUUCUAAUGCAGGUGCUAAUGGUGGGUCGAGCUCUGCAAGUGGAGUCCCCAACACUGGUGUGAGUAACACAGGAGAGAAUAACUCUGUCACUAAUAACCUGUCUACGAAUUACCAAGAGAUUAUGAGUUACAAGAAAAUAUUACUCAAGUCGAUGCAGCAUAUAUGUAAUAUGUUUUCUACCGAGUGCUUAAGCAUGGUGGACUUACUUUUAACCUACGUGAAUGAUGAAGAGAAGGAAAUAAAUUACGAAGCAGCAGUAUGCAUUAGGAAGCUAGCAAAUAAUCUUUCCCUCCAGAGUACCAUUUUGAACAAAAUUGGUGAUGUUGUAUUUGAAGUGAAGAAGCCACAUAUCUUAAGAAUUUUUUUUUGGGUUCUAGGACAAUACAUGCAAGGAGAACAAGUGAUUUUACAGUUUCUAGAGAAUUUAUAUGAACACCUGGUGCCCAUCCUUGGAAGUAACAUACAAGCAGAUGUGAUGAGCAGGAUACAGAAUGAAAAAUUUAAAAAGAACAAAGUGGUGAUGAAUUUUAACGCUACUGCUACUUCUUCUUCGUGUGUGCCUUCUCCGGCUUUUCAAGCCAAAACGGUUGUGUUGGAAGACGGGACUUACGCCACGGAGGCAGUGUGGAAAAGCCAGAGUGCGUCCCCUGGGGAUGACAGCCCUGGUGAGCUAAACUCGUUUGCUUACAAUUUGCUUGCGGACAAUGACGACUUGUUGCUUUCCGUUUUGUGUGUGUGUGUUACGAAGCUGUAUGUAAAGUUGGUGGCCACGGUACGUGGGGAGGCGUUCGGCUUUUUGGGUCCCGCGUUGGUCCAGCCCCGCGCCGACAACGGCGCUGCUAACGGCGCUGACAACUCGGCCGCCGCUAACGCCGCUAACCCCACCAACAGCGCCGCUCACCGUGUGAACCGGUUCCGGAACAAAGGCAUUUACAUCCUGGCGAGUCUGGCCAAGUACCUGUCGCAGAAGAACGAAAACAAGAGUGCCCUGGAUGUGCAUUACGACGAUAGCAACGUGGUUAGGGUUAACCAGUGUUUGAAAAUAUUUCUGCAUAUCACAUGUAACAUGAGUAGCAUGGACGACUGCACGAAGAAGCUUGUGUUAACUUUCCUCAGUGGAAAUGAGUACUACCAGAAGUUCCUUCACAAGGAAGAGGAAAAGUAUAGCAGCAUAUACAGCGGCACUCAGCGUCACGUAGGUGUAGCCUGCGCAGAUGAUGUUUCGCUCGUCGGGGAGGAGGACGCCAAAGGAGGACUGAGCACCACUCUGUCACCCCCUCCAACCCAAACGAAUGAAAAUAAGCAGAGUGUAGAUGACGAAAUAUAUUUUCGUAUCCUCAAGGAGAAGAAAAAUGUGUUGAACAUGUUUGACGAAAGAUCUGUUGAAGUGGAUGAAAGGGAUGUGUUAAUGGACGAGAAAUUGGACAAGCUCAAAUUGAAAUACACCUUAAGCAAUGACAUUCUUUUUGAAGAAAAUGAAUUUAAGUUCCCUUCAUUUAAACACAAUUACUCUUCCCUGUUCAUGGCUAAGCUAUACAACUCACAAAAACUCACAGGGGUAGAUGAUGAUCUGUUUAUUGAAGCCGUGCCCAUAAUUUCUAAUAUCAAUUUAAUUAUUGAGUUAUAUAUUUAUAACCAAUCUGGUGCAUAUUUGCAGAACAUUUUCAUUGGGCUAUCGACCCAUGGUAAUUUGAAACCGAUUGACAAAAUCCCUGUGUUUAAUUUGGGUCCAAAUGAAAAGAAGAAAUUUAAAAUAAGUGUGAAGGUGCACACGACUGAGGCGGGGAUUAUCUUUGGUUAUGUUUUUUAUGAACGGAAAAAUGAGAAUAAGAAGAAUUACAUUGUGCUGAGCGAGCUGAACAUAAAUAUGACUGACUAUAUUAACGCCUCGUUCAUUUCGUCCCACGUGUUCCGCAUCAUGUGGUCGGAGUUUGAGUGGGAAAACAAGAUCAACAUUAAUACGUCCAUCAGGUGGGGUGGAGCGGCAAUAAUGAACAUUUUCAUUGGGCUAUCGACCCAUGGUAAUUUGAAACCGAUUGACAAAAUCCCUGUGUUUAAUUUGGGUCCAAAUGAAAAGAAGAAAUUUAAAAUAAGUGUGAAGGUGCACACGACUGAGGCGGGGAUUAUCUUUGGUUAUGUUUUUUAUGAACGGAAAAAUGAGAAUAAGAAGAAUUACAUUGUGCUGAGCGAGCUGAACAUAAAUAUGACUGACUAUAUUAACGCCUCGUUCAUUUCGUCCCACGUGUUCCGCAUCAUGUGGUCGGAGUUUGAGUGGGAAAACAAGAUCAACAUUAAUACGUCCAUCAGAGACGCCUUUGAACUGUUGAAGCUCAUCAUUAAGCAGACCAACAUGACCAUCGUGGAAAGGUUCAUGCCACUGGAGUAUUAUGAAAAGGAGGCCAAGAACAGACCUGAGCAAGCAAAUAUUUCCCCCAUAGAUAUUUACAUAUCCUACAUUUCCACUCUGGAGGAUCUCAAGUGCCUUGUGAACAAUUCUGCCUUCUUUGCUGUGAACUUAUUUUCGCGUAGCAUUUUUGGCGAGGACUCCCUGGCCAACCUGUCUGUGCAGAAGAACCCCGACGGCCGCCUCUCGGGGAGCAUCCGCGUGCGCAGCCGCACUCAGGGAAUCGCCCUCAGCCUGGGAGACAAAAUCACGCUGGUUCAAACGGGCCUUAGCAUGGAUGCGCAGUGA